UUAUUUUUGUUGACGGUUACAUAACCUUGCUGUUGAAGGUCACUAAUUAUGCAAUAUUUUAACCAACUGUGAGCCUGUGUUUAUGAUCAGUACAAUCUUUCGUAAAUGUAACGGUUACUCAUCGAUAAUUUUGGAUGAUUCACUUCUAAAAAUCGGUGCGUUCCGUUUGUUCAUUCUGUUACUUCUGCUACAAAUAAUGGCCGAUUCAGAACUACUACAAGUUGUGACGGGCAAUUCGAAGUUUGCCAAUAAGUUUUACAAUAUUCUCGCCGAAGAGGAAAAGGGGAAAAAUGUCUUCUUUUCUCCAAUUAGUGCACAUAUUGUACUCAGCAUGGCCUAUCAGGGUGCCGCAGGAACUACCGCCGACGCCUUUUCGAGCAGCCUGCACCUCGGCAACGAAAAUAUAGCGGCAACUGGCUACCAUCACGUAAUGAGCUCGCUGAAUAGCAUAAAAGACGUCAAGUUGCACAUUGCGAAUAAGAUCUAUGUUAUGCAAGGCUUUCCCUUAAAAGAAAAAUUUUUAAAAAGCGCAUGUGAGUUAUUCCUUUCUGAAACUGAGUCGCUCAACUUCGCUGAAAGUGAGAAUAGUGCUAGAAAAAUCAACGGUUGGGUUGAAGGCAAAACAAAUUCGAAAAUCAAAGAUUUAAUCGAUGCGGGUUGUUUGGACGCAUUGACCCGACUCGUACUUGUUAACGCAAUUUAUUUCAAAGGCAAUUGGGCCCAACAAUUCAAAAAAGAACACACUAUGAAAGAGAAGUUUUAUAUAUCUGAAGUAGAAAGUGUUGACUGCCACAUGAUGCACCUCACUAGGCGUUUUAGGUAUCGCGCUGAUGAUCACUUACAAGCGCAAAUUCUAGAAAUGAAAUAUACAAACGAGAAUAUCAGCAUGGUUAUAAUUUUGCCUUUUAAACGAACUGGGAUCGAAGAAUUGGAGAAAAAGUUGGUAGAUGUUGAUUUUGCAACUCUUUCGGAGGGUAUGCGAAGUAUGGAAGUUGAGGUUUCCUUGCCGAAAUUUAAAGUUGAAACUACUAUGGAUUUGCAGUCUAUUUUAACACGGAUGGGUCUCGGAGUGAUUUUUGAUCAAAUGAAGGCAAACUUUUCCGAGAUUUCCAACAGCGAUGAGCAGCUAUACGUCAGCAAGGCCAUUCAGAAAGCAUUUAUUGAGGUCAACGAAGAAGGAGCCGAGGCUGCUGCAGCUACCGUUGCGAUUGGGACGUUCUUCAGGUCUCUUCCCAUCAAGACUCAAAAAGUUAGAUUUGUUGUGAACCACCCAUUCUUUGUGAUCUUACAAUCAUGGUGCGAUGUUGUUGUUUUGUGGGAAAAUAAUGGAACCAUUGAGUUAGAAAACUGCUAUAAUUAUUAUAUACCUAUUAUUUUUAAUGUUACAUGUUUAUAGUUAAAUGUUUAUCUACCUUGAUAAAGUGUUUAGUUAAUGCGAUCUGGAGAGAACUAUUUUGAAUGACCAUCUUUUUUUAGUUCCCAUUUAAAUCAGCCGGAAGUCAAUUUUUUUAUAGGACAGAUGUAACUGAUAAAAUUAUUUAAUCCGAUGGUGCGCUUUAGCCGACGAUCAUUAAGAAGGGUGCUGACUACACGGAUGCUCCACCUCGUACAUUACCAGAGUUUGACAUAAACUAUGGCAAUACCUUGUAUAGAGCUUUAAAUGUUAGGUUAUGUUUAUAUAUCAAUGUCAAAGAUAGAUAUUUACCCGGCAAAACACAGCACAGCAACAAAAAGUAAUUUCUGAAAAUGGAUGCUUACGAGGAUGAAUGGCAAGAUUCUGACUUUGAAGACGACACAAACACAACAGAAACACCAAUUGAAUACAAACCAUCCUAUGUAUUAAUUGCAAUUGAUACAGAUAAGUCUAUGUUUGAAAAUUACCAAGACUCCGAACCCACUCCAUUUAGAGCCACUUUACAUGCGUGUUAUAACAUUAUCGACUCAAUCGCAUUAUCCGGUCAACAGUCAAUAAAAGGCCCAGUUGGUAUUGCCUUAGCCGACAACGAUGCAAAAAAAAGUAACUUUGUAGAAUUCGAAGAGCCCGUUCCAGAUGUAAUAAAAUUAUUGAAAAGUACGAAAGAUCAGUCUGAAGGCGAGCUAGAGUCAAAUUUUGAACGUAAGGGAAAUUUUGAUCUAGCAGAUUUCUUUCUGCUUUGUAAAAACAAGUUGAUGAACGUUAAAACUGAAGCGUACAAGAAAACUGUAAUAUAUGUCACGUGUGAUGACAAUCCUUUAGGAAGUGACCAUAAAAGAAGAUUUAAGGUCAUCAACGAAUCCCAAAAGUUUGCUAGCAUCGAUAUCAAAUUAAUUGUCGUUACAUUUAACCCGAAAUUUGAGGGGAGAAAUUUUUAUUCUGAAGUACUGGAAGCUUCCAAGAGUGAACCGGUUGAAAAAGUGAACUCUUCGAACUUAAAACAAAAGUUGUCUUAUUUAAUUAGGAAGAAGACCAAUCAAAAAAAGGUAAAGUUUUAUCCUUUUAAUGGCGACUUUGAAAGAUACAUGGAAGUGAGCGUUAGCAAGCCAACAGUGUCAAAUAGAGUUAUGAAAAACAUGCACGUGACUCGAGACACUCAAGAAGAAGUUAAGAAAACUGUAAAACAGAGCAACGCCGAUAGUUACGUGUGUAUAUAUAAAAAAGACGGGUCUGGCUUGGUAAUUAGCAAAGGGGAACGUCAAAUCCUGGGUGAAACUAGUGUUCCUGUCGGAUAUACCUUGUUAUGUGUAAACAAGUCGACACUCCAACCCGGUUGGGUGUUAACUCCUCCAUACUUAAUGAAAAAGCAUGCAAAUGAAACGCAAGAAUUAUUCGAAAGCAUUUGGCAGUUCUGUCGAGAUAACGAUAAAUGUUUGGUUUGCUUUCAAAAACUUAAACAAGCCAGCAAUGUCCGUUUCGUCGAACUCAUUCCAAAAUUGAUUAAUAAUGUGCGCCAAUUUAUCGUGAAAAUAUUACCUUUCGCACCAGAAAUCCAUUAUGACAUCGCCAAAGAACGACAGAAUGAUACAACUGAAGUCCAGGAAAAUGCGAUGUCCAAUUUAAUUGAUGCAUUAACAAUUGAUUAUGAUGUGGAUAGUUUCCAAGAUCCAGUGGAGAGUAGAAAAAAGGCUUAUAUUAAAUCGCAACUUUUGGAAGAGAAAUUGGAAGAGAUUGAUGAGGGAGUUAUGCCAGAUAGUAAAAUCGACAAACUUAUAGCUCCAUACAUUGGAACGCUGGCCCUUGACACUGUGCCUAAGAAAAGGGAGAGGAAAACCGAUUACUCCAGAUCUAGAAAGAAGUAAUGUUUUUUAAAUGCUUAUAUAGUAUUACUAUUACAUUCAAAUGUAUCGUUUUUUAAGUUUUUGUGUAAGAUAAAUAAGAUAUUUGUGUAAUAAAAGCUUUCAAAAAUA